ACUUUGCCCUACACAAUGAUAUCAACAUUAGCUACUUUUCCUCCAUUUCUACACAAGGAUAUUAUUGAAUAUCUUAGCACAUCUUUUCUACCCAUGGCUAUAUUGGGCUCAUCCAGGAGAGAAAGUGUUCCUGCCCAUGUUAAUCUCUCUGCAUCUUCCAUGUUAAUGAUAGCAAUGCAGUACACAUCGAACCCAGUGUAUCAUUGCCAAUUAUUGGAAUGCCUCAUGAAAUAUAAGCAAGAAGUCUGGAAAGAUUUGCUAUAUGUAAUAGCGUAUGGACCUUCUCAAGUGAAACCACCAGCUGUGCAGAUGCUCUUUCACUAUUGGCCCAAUUUAAAACCUCCGGGGGCCAUAAGUGAGUACAGGGGAUUACAGUACACAGCCUGGAAUCCCAUCCACUGCCAGCAUAUUGAAUGCCAUAACGCAAUUAACAAACCAGCGGUGAAGAUGUGCAUAGACCCUUCUCUGUCAGUGGCUUUAGGAGAUAAACCACCACCAUUAUACCUUUGUGAAGAAUGCAGCCAGCGAAUCGCAGGGGAUCACAGUGAAUGGCUAAUUGAUGUUCUCCUCCCACAAGCUGAAAUAUCUGCUAUAUGUCAGAAAAAGAACUGCAGUUCUCAUGUGAGGAGGGCUGUUGUCACCUGCUUCUCAGCAGGGUGCUGUGGUCGCCAUGGAAACAGACCAGUCCGGUACUGUAAAAGGUGCCAUUCAAACCACCAUAGCAAUGAAGUUGGGGCAACAGGAGCCAGUGCAGAGACCCACCUGUACCAGACAUCACCUCCCCCCAUUAACACACGAGAAUGUGGGGCCGAGGAGCUUGUGUGCACAGUGGAAGCUGUGAUUAGCUUGCUAAAGGAAGCUGAGUUUCAUGCUGAGCAGAGGGAAUAUGAACUAAACCGACGAAGACAAAUGGGGCUUUCUUCUUCCCACCACUCCUUGGAUAAUACUGACUUUGAUAACAAAGAUGAUGAUAAACAUGACCAACGACUGCUCAGCCAAUUUGGAAUUUGGUUCUUAGUGAGUCUUUGUACCCCUAGUGAGAAUACACCUACUGAAAGCUUAGCCAGACUGGUUAGCAUGGUCUUUCAGUGGUUCCACUCCACAGCUUACAUGAUGGAUGAUGAAGUCGGAAGCUUAGUGGAAAAGCUGAAACCUCAGUUUGUCACCAAGUGGUUGAAGACCGUGUGUGAUGUUCGCUUUGAUGUCAUGGUCAUGUGCCUGCUUCCCAAACCGAUGGAAUUUGCCAGGGUCGGUGGGUACUGGGACAAGUCCUGCAGCACUGUGACCCAGCUAAAGGAAGGUCUCAACCGCAUUCUUUGCCUGAUACCCUACAAUGUGAUCAGUCAGCCUGUGUGGGAAUGCAUCAUGCCAGAGUGGCUAGAAGCCAUCAGAACAGAAGUCCCAGAUAACCAGCUAAAAGAAUUCAGGGAAGUAUUAAGCAAAAUGUUUGACAUUGAGCUUUGCCCUCUUCCUUUCUCAAUGGAAGAGAUGUUUGGAUUUAUCAGUUGCCGGUUCACGGGAUAUCCUUCUUCCGUGCAGGAGCAAGCUUUACUAUGGCUUCAUGUGUUAUCAGAACUAGACAUCAUGGUCCCACUUCAGCUCCUGAUAAGCAUGUUUUCUGAUGGAGUUAAUUCUGUCAAAGAGCUGGCAAAUCAAAGAAAAUCAAGAGUCAGUGAACUGGCAGGGAGUCUUGCAGCUCGAAGGGUGAGUGUUGCCUCUGAUCCUGGUCGCCGAGUUCAGCACCAUAUGUUAAGCCCAUUUCCCAGUCCUUUCCAAAGCCCUCUCCGAAGUCCCAUGCGCAGUCCAUUCCGGAGCCCUUUCAAGAACUUUGGACAUCCAGGAGGAAGGACUAUUGACUUUGACUGUGAAGAUGAUGAAAUGAAUCUGAAUUGUUUCAUUCUUAUGUUUGAUCUCCUGUUGAAGCAGAUGGAGUUGCAAGAUGAUGGAAUCACCAUGGGCUUAGACAACAGUCUGUCUAAAGAUAUCAUGUCCAUUAUAAAUAAUGUCUUCCAAGCCCCCUGGGGGGGUUCUCAUACAUGCCAGAAGGAUGAAAGAGCUAUUGAAUGCCACUUGUGCCAGUCAAGCAUCCUUUGCUAUCAGUUGGGAUGUGAUCUCCUAGAACGACUGGCUCCCAAAGAAGAAAGCCGGCUAGUGGAGCCCACAGACAACCUUGAAGACAGUCUUCUCUAUUCCCGGCCUGAGUUUAUAAUAGGUACUGAAGGAGAAGAGGAAGAGAACCCAGUAACAAAACAUGGAGAAAACCCAGGAAAUCAUACGGAACUCCCUGAAAACAUUGUGAUAAAGAAUGAUACUGAAAGAAAAUUUUGUUACCAGCAACUUCCAGUGACUCUAAGGCUAAUAUAUACCAUUUUCCAGGAAAUGGCAAAGUUUGAAGAGCCCGACAUUCUUUUUAACAUGCUCAACUGCCUGAAGAUUCUCUGUCUUCAUGGAGAGUGUUUGUACAUUGCAAGGAAGGAUUAUCCACAGUUUUUAGCAUACAUUCAGGAUCAUAUGUUAAUUGCCAGCCUUUGGAGAGUUAUCAAAUCUGAAUUCUCCCAGCUAUCUUCACUAGCUGUUCCUCUCCUUCUUCAUGCUUUGUCACUUCCUCAUGGUGCUGAUAUCUUCUGGACAAUCAUAAAUGGCAAUUUCAAUAGCAAAGACUGGAAAAUGAGGUUUGAAGCAGUGGAGAAAGUGGCAGUCCUGUGCCGGUUUCUGGACAUUCAUUCAGUGACUAAAAACCAUCUGCUGAAGUACUCUUUGGCGCAUGCCUUCUGCUGCUUUCUGACAGCUGUAGAGGAUGUCAACCCUGCGGUGGCUACAAGAGCAGGGCUCUUGCUUGAUACCAUAAAGAGGCCAGCUUUACAGGGUCUAUGUCUAUGCCUUGACUUCCAGUUUGAUACAGUUGUUAAAGAUAGACCCACAAUUCUUAGCAAGCUUUUACUCCUACAUUUUCUAAAGCAAGACAUACCUGCAUUGAGCUGGGAAUUUUUUGUUAAUAGAUUUGAGACCCUUUCCCUGGAGGCUCAGCUGCAUUUGGAUUGCAACAAAGAGUUUCCUUUUCCAACAACGAUCACUGCUGUAAGGACCAAUGUUGCUAACCUCAGUGAUGCAGCAUUGUGGAAGAUCAAGAGAGCUCGUUUUGCAAGGAAUCGCCAGAAAAGUGUGCGUUCCCUGAGAGACAGCGUGAAAGGGCCUGUGGAAUCAAAGAGGGCACUCUCCCUUCCUGAAACUCUAACCUCCAAAAUUCCUGUGAGGUUGACCAGGCAUGAGCAGUCUGCUCCAGCUCUCGGUGGGACACCUGAACAAACGCCAGGGCAACAGUCUCCUGAGAAUGAUAAUACAAUAAAGGACCUUCUCCCUGAGGAUGCUGGGAUUGACCAUCAGACAGUCCACCAGCUGAUAACAGUUUUAAUGAAGUUUAUGGCUAAAGAUGAGAGUAGUGCGGAGUCAGACAUCAGUAGUGCUAAGGCAUUUAACACAGUCAAACGACACUUAUAUGUUUUACUUGGUUAUGACCAGCAAGAAGGAUGCUUUAUGAUAGCCCCUCAAAAAAUGCGCCUCUCAACUUGUUUCAAUGCGUUUAUUGCUGGAAUUGCACAAGUGAUGGAUUAUAACAUCAAUCUGGGAAAACAUCUUCUCCCUUUAGUGGUUCAAGUACUUAAGUAUUGCUCUUGUCCUCAGUUGCGACAUUAUUUUCAACAGCCACCUCGUUGCUCCCUAUGGUCUCUGAAGCCUCAUAUUCGGCAGAUGUGGUUGAAGGCAUUACUUGUUAUUCUUUAUAAGUAUCCAUACCGAGACUGUGAUAUCAGCAAGGUUAUGUUGCAUCUGAUCCAAAUAACAGUCAAUACGCUCAAUGCACAGUAUCACAGCUGUAGACCACAUGCUACUGCAGGACCUUUGUACAGUGACAACAGUAACAUCAGCAGAUACAGUGAGAAAGAAAAAGAGGAAGAUAGUGUUUUUGAUGAAUCUGAUAUUCAUGAUACACCUACUGGACCCUGCAAUAAGGAGUCUCAAACUUUUUUUGCAAGAUUGAAAAGGAUAGGCGGCAGCAAAAUGGUGAAAUAUCAACCGGUUGAGAUGAAUGUGCAGAGAAGUGAAAUAGAACUGGCUGAAUAUAGAGAAACGGGUGCAUUUCAAGACAGCAUUCUACGCUGUGUGAGAGAAGAAAGCAUUCAGAAAAAAAAGCUGCGCUCUUUAAAACAAAAAUCUCUUGAUAUAGGGAAUGCAGACUCCCUGUUGUUUACAUUAGAUGAGCAUCGUAGGAAGUCCUGCAUAGACCGAUGCGAUAUAGAUAAGCCAUCCACCCAUGCUGCUUACAUCAUACACAGACAAAAUGAUUAUGGAAGACCCAGACAGAAUUCUUCUACGAGGCCGGACAAUACAGAAAUUCCUGAAAACCCCACUGUAGAAGGUUUUCAAGAAACCCGAAGACCAGUGAUACCAGAAGUCCGAUUAAACUGCAUGGAGACGUUUGAGGUGAAAGUUGAUUCUCCAGAAAAACCUUCUACCCCUAAAGAGGAUUUAGAUCUGAUUGAUUUGUCAUCAGAUUCAACAUCAGGGCAUGAAAAGUGCUCUAUUCUCUCCACAUCAGACAGUGACUCUCUUGUCUUUGAGCCCCUUCCUCCUCUCCGAAUAGUGGAAAGUGAUGAAGAGGAGGAAACGAUGGAACAAGGUACUGAGGGUGUCUCUAGUAAAAAUACUUUAGCCUUUCCUUCAUCUCCUACUGGGCCCUCUGUGCUUAGCUUAAGCACAACUCCCCUUGUGCAAGUCAGUGUAGAAGAUUGCUCUAAAGACUUUACUUCUAAGGUCAGAAGAAAUAGUCUGUCAUCAGGGAAAAAAGAAACUCCUCCUCAGCUUUCUGAAGAGCGAAAAGAUAGUGAAGAAUUGUCAAAACUAGAGGCACUUCAGGAAUUUUCUUGUGGUAGUCCGCUCACUCUGAAACAGAAGCGGGACCUUCUGCAGAAAUCUUUUGCCCUUCCUGAGAUGUCAAUUGAUGACAGCACUGAACUUAGCAUGGAGGAAGAAAAGGAAGAAGAACAGGGCUCAAGUUCAUGUACCAAAACAGUCCUCCUUAAAGUUCCUGAAGAUGCUGAGAGUCAGUCUGAAAGUGAAAAGCCUGAUGCCAGUGCUGAGUCUGACACAGAACAGAAUGCUGAGCAAAAGGCAGGAGAGGAUGGAACUGAGGAGUCUGAAUUUAAGAUCCAGAUUGUGCCUAGGCAAAGGAAGCAGAGGAAGAUUGCUGUUAGUGCUAUCCAGAGAGAGUACCUGGACAUUUCCUUCAACAUUCUAGACAAACUGGGAGAACAGAAAGAGUCAGAUACUUCUGCUAAAGGACUUUCAACUUUGGAAAUGCCCAGGGAAUCUUCCUCUGCACCAACUUUAGAAGCAGGCAUGCCAGAAACAAGUAGCCAUUCUUCUAUAUCAACUCAGUAUAGGCAAAUGAAAAGGGGAUCAUUGGGAGCUCUGACAAUGAGCCAAUUAAUGAAGCGACAGCUGGAACAUCAGUCUAGCGCCCCUCACAACAUCAGCAACUGGGACACUGAACAGAUACAGCCUGGGAAGCGUCAGUGUAAUGUGCCAAUAUGCCUAAACCCUGAACUGGAGGGACCACCACUAAGAAUGAGAGGUGCUACUAAAUCCAGCCUGCUGUCAGCGCCCAGCAUAGUCAGCAUGUUUGUACCUGCACCAGAGGAAUUCACUGAUGAACAGCCCACGAUGAUGACUGACAAGUGUCAUGACUGUGGGGCCAUUCUUGAAGAAUAUGAUGAAGAAACACUAGGACUGGCCAUUGUAGUGCUCUCUACAUUCAUCCACCUAAGUCCAGACCUUGCAGCUCCUUUGUUGCUGGAUAUCAUGCAGUCUGUGGGAAGAUUGGCAUCCAGUACCAGUUUUUCCAACCAAGCAGAAAGUAUGAUGAUCCCUGGCAAUGCUGCAGGGGUGGCAAAACAAUUUCUCCGCUGUAUCUUCCAUCAACUAGCCCCCAAUGGGAUAUUCCCACAGCUGUUCCAGAGCAGUAUAAAAGAUGGGAGUUUUUUAAGAACCUUGGCUACAUCUCUCAUGGAUUUCAAUGAGCUUAGUUCCAUUGCUGCACUCAGUCAGCUGUUGGAGGGUUUGAAUAACAAAAAGAAUUUGCCAGCAGGGGGCGCCAUGUUACGCUGCUUAGAAAACAUUGCCACCUUUAUGGAAGCUUUGCCCAUGGAUUCUCCAAGCAACCUCUGGACCACCAUCAGUAACCAAUUUCAAACUUUCUUUACCAAACUGCCUUGUGUUUUACCUCUAAAGUGUUCUUUAGAUUCCAGUUUGAGAAUAAUGAUCUGCCUCCUGAAGAUACCAACCACCAGUGCUACAAGGAGUCUGCUGGAACCAUUUUCAAAACUGCUCAGCUUUGUCAUUCAAAAUGCUGUCUUCACAUUGGCCUACCUGGUGGAAUUGUGUGGCUUAUGUUACAGAGCUUUUACUAAGGAGCGGGAUAAAUUCUACUUGUCUCGUAGUGUUGUCUUAGAGCUACUCCAAGCUCUGAAGUUAAAGUCUCCUUUGCCAGAUACAAACCUACUACUGCUGGUCCAGUUUGUUUGUGCAGAUGCUGGAACCAAACUAGCUGAGUCAACAAUCCUACACAAGCAGAUGAUUGCAUCCAUGCCUGGAUGUGGAACAGCAGCCAUGGAAUGCAUGAGACAAUAUGUUAAUGAAGUACUGGACUUUAUUGCUGACAUGCAUACAUUAACCAAGCUGAAGAGUCACAUGAAAACAUGCUCUCAGCCUUUGCAUGAAGAUACCUUUGGUGGACAUCUCAAAGUUGGGCUGGCUCAGAUUGCAGCCAUGGAAAUCACAAGAGGCAACCACAGGGAUAAUAAAGCUGUUAUUCGCUACCUCCCCUGGCUCUAUCAUCCUCCCUCUGCAAUGCAACAGGGACCUAAAGAAUUCAUUGAGUGUGUUUCUCAUAUCCGCCUGCUGUCCUGGCUACUUCUGGGUUCCCUCACACAUAACUCUGUGUGUCUAAAUCCUUCUUCUCCCUGUAUGCCAAUUCCUCUGGAUGCAGGGUCCCACAUUGCAGAUCAUCUAAUCGUUAUCCUGAUUGGAUUUCCUGAGCAAUCAAAGACAUCUGUGUUGCAUAUGUGCUCCCUUUUUCAUGCAUUUAUCUUCGCUCAACUAUGGACGGUCUACUGUGAACAAACUGCUGUUGCUCCCUCUGUCCAAAAUCAGAAUGAAUUUAGCUUUACAGCCAUCCUUACUGCACUGGAGUUCUGGAGUCGGGUGACACCUAGCAUUCUACAACUAAUGGCACACAACAAAGUGAUGGUAGAAAUGGUAUGUCUCCAUGUGAUCAGCUUGAUGGAAGCACUGCAAGAAUGCAAUUCAACCAUUUUUGUCAAGCUCAUACCUAUGUGGCUGCCAAUGAUUCAGUCAAAUUUGAAGCAUUUAUCAGCUGGACUACAACUACGACUUCAAGCAAUUCAGAACAACGUGAACCACCACAGCCUGAGGAUGCUGCAGGGCUCAGGACAGACAAGCACGAGCUCAUCCGCACUCCGGAAGUGGCUCCAGUGCACCCAGUUCAAAAUGGCUCAGGUGGAGAUCCAGUCCUCAGAAGCUGCCUCCCAGUUCUACCCUCUAUGAACAGGGUGUGUCGCUUCUAGCGUGAACGCUCUGGUUCAGCAAUAACGGGGUUCCAGACAAAUACUAGGAUCCACGCAGGUUUGAGAAGGCACUGGGGACAAUCUGCACCCCCUCCGUAGUUUAGGUACAGACAUGCGGAGCCUG